AUGCAUGCUGCCAUCGCGCUGGCUGAAUCCGAGGAAACGCGACCUCCACUACCUGCUCGACGAAGUCCGGACAAGGAUAAAUUGCGGCUUGGCUCAUCUAGGAUGCAUAUGGAAAGAAGCCCACGGAAGCUCUCGAGAGUGAAGCCCGAGUCUGGAAAUGUAGCUAGAUCUGGUCACAAUCUACUGCAGUACUUCGCAGGCAUUGCAACCACCCACACUCGCUCGAGGGUGAGGGCUUCAACUCGACGUACCAUUCGUCACAUCCGUGAAGAACCUCUGAGAGCAUCUGGGCGGCUAGGGAAGUACGAGCUUGGUCCCUACGCAUUUGAAGACGCCAUGCCAAACGAGGUGAGGAGAGAUCUGAUGGCAGGGUCGGAGCCGCUUUUUGUCAAUCAGAUUGGCAGGGAUGGUAAAGUGCUCCGGCAGAAAGUGUUCCCCAACCAGACUGCUGGUAUUAUACCAGUGCUGGCCGACUUGUGCGCUCGCCAAUGCAACACAACCGCCGCGUAUCUCUGCCACCCGUCCACUCAGCAUAUUUACAAGGUGCGGUGCAACGGGAAUUUCUGUGGGUAUUGGAACAUCCAGGUGCUGCUGUCCUGGCUGCAGGCCGUGACUCCUGAGGGACCACAGGAGAUACCUAAUGUUCUGCAAAUCCAAGCAUAUAUCCACCAAGCCUGGGACCGUGGAUUGUGUCCACAUGGCGAGAUUGAAACUGGCGGCAUUCGGAACACUCGCAAAUGGAUUGGAACACUAGAAGCCUUGGCAUUCUUCACCCGGAUUGGCGUCAAGGUUGAGGCUCUUGCCUUUGGAGGCAAAGACGAUCGUGCAAACUAUGCCGUAGCCGAUCUGCUGGAUCAUGUCGAAGCGUAUUUCAUGUCUGGUACUGAGGACGCCGAGAAACACGGGACAUCAUUCGUGACGAAUCUGCCUCCAAUCUACUUCCAGCGCCUUGGACAUUCCCUGACCAUCAUCGGCCUGGAGAGGUUGGUUGAUGGCAGUCGCAAUCUGCUCAUGUUCGACUCUUCUUUUGCAACGUCGUCAUCGAUGAAGAGCCUGACUGCUCAGAGGCAAGCUCAUACUUCGCCCGAGAGUCUACUCAGGCCGUACAGAAAGUCGGACUUGUCUUUGACUCGCUGGAAGGAAUUUGAAAUCAUCGUGCCUCGUGCAAGCAUUGCCAACGGCUCGGCAGGCGGUAAGUAG